AUGUGGCUUUUGUGUUUGAUGAGAAAUGCCUUGAGUGAGGCAUUCUUGAUGCUUAAAGAGGCUCUAGUGACCGCGCCCAUAGUCCAACCACCGGAUUGGAAUUUACCAUUUGAGGUCAUGUGCGAUGCAAGUGACUACGCGGUUGGAGCCGUUUUGGGGCAAAGGAAGGACAGGAAGUUGAGCGCCAUCUACUAUGCUAGUAGAACCUUGGACGACGCGCAAGUCAACUAUGCCACCACCGCGCUUACGCUCCUCGCCGUAGUUUUCGCCUUUGAGAAGUUUAGGUCUUACUUGGUGGGCUCAAAAGUAAUAGUGCACACGGACCACGCGGCUUUGAGAUACUUAUUGGCAAAGAAGGACGCGAAACCGAGGCUACUUAGAUGGAUUCUACUUCUCCAAGAGUUUCAUUUGGUUAUAAAGGCGUUCCUCGGGUGGUUCCUAUAG